AUGCCAUUCAUGACAAAGAAAAUAUUAGCAGGUGAGACUCCUUUUCAUCACAAGAGGAUUUGGAUGCUUGGUAUUAUGUUUGUCUACUUCUUCAGCGUUUCAGGUUCUAUGUUCAUCUUGAUUCGCAAAGUACCUUUGUUUGUUAUGGAUAGAAAGGAUACGAAUAAGUUGAUUUUCUUCUAUAAGGGUGUUGGGAUGCAGUUUGGUGUUGAAGGUUUGUAUGUUGGAUUUUUGUUCAUGACUGUGGGGUUGUUGUUGCCUUUCAUAACUCGGGUUAUUGUUAGGAUAAAGGAUUCAAUGAUACAGAGGGCAACCAUGGUUAGUGCGAUGAUUGUUUCGUUUUGGGCAGUAAGAGAAGUUGUGGGGUUGAAUCAUUGGAAGACGGGUUAUUAUGCUCAUGCUUAUUUGCCUUCAAAUUGGUAUAAUUAA